AUGCCAUCUAAUUCUUGGUGGUCCUCGCCUUCGGAUGAGCAAGAGGAGAUGUUUUUCGCAAACGCUGUGUUACGGGCGGCGGAGAUUCUUAUCGAGGAGAAAGAGAAAGACGAAGAGGAAGAAGUCUCGUCUGAAAGCGUUAUUACCAGGCGGAUACGGGUUAACAGAGACCGCCAAGGAGCGCACGAGAAAUUGGUGAACGAUUAUUUUUCGGAUGCACCCCUUUACAAUGCCGAGAUAUUCAGACGCAGAUUCCGAAUGAGUCGUCGGUUAUUCACACGGAUUGCUGAUGAUUUGGCGGGGCUAGACCCGUUUUUCACGCAACGACCCGAUGCUCGAAAUUAUGAAGGGUUCACCACGUUACAAAAGUGUACUGCGGCCAUUCGCCAACUGGCGUACGGGACAGUGGCCGACGCUUUGGACGAGUACUUACAAAUGUCGGCAAGAACUACGCGGGAAUGUUUGUAUGGGUUUUGCCGUAAUGUGGUGAAACUCUAUAGCAAAAAAUAUUUGCGUAAACCAAACGUGUAUGAUGUUCAGCAGUUGUACGAAGCUCAUGAAGCACGGCACGGGUUUCCGGGAAUGCUCGGUAGUAUUGAUUGUAUGCAUUGGGCGUGGCAUAGAUGCCCGACUGCGUGGCGCUGCCAAUAUACUCGCGGUGAUCACGGCUAUCCAACUGUGAUACUUGAAGCCGUGGCAUCACAAGAUUUGUGGAUCUGGCAUUCUUUCUUUGGUCUCCCUGGUUCACUCAACGACCUCAAUGUGUUACACCAAUCGGCGAUCUUUACCGAUGUCGUUAAUGGAACCGGUCCGGACACCCGUUUUACAGUUUCUGGGGUUGAGUAUAGACGUGGGUAUUAUCUUGCUGACGGAUAUAUCCGUCUUGGUCUACAAUUGUGA